AUGGAGACAAAUAUUAUAUCUCUUCCUGCCGACGCCCACGACAAGAUCGCGACAAACUUGGUAGCAAGAGACACCCUGUCUCUAUCCCUAUCUUGUCGACGUUUUCGACGAACACUUGGCCCGACAAACAAGUUCCUCUGGUUUGCAAAGCUUUGCUUGCCACGACUCUCCGCUAGCGAGAAUGGAGAUCACCCUUUCACCCCCUUUAAUCCUUCUCGAAAUUGGGUGAGAUAUUUCAUUCAUGACAAGCGUACGGGAGGUAAAACUGGGUGGCCUAUUUGUAUCUCCUGCUACGACGAAUUUUAUGAAUGUUACGAUUCCUUCCAAGAAUCUCACAUAAAAUUGCCGAACCUACCUCGGGUCGCCAGAAGCGUCAAGCACACGAGUGGCGCAACCGGGUUACUUCAAAACAUCAAUAGAAUCGUCAUUAGAAAAUCAGAGGCCACUUCUAUUAUAGAACGGCACGCCAGCUCCUCGAAAGUCAUCUGCUCCGAGUCAAGAGACUUCUCAUCCCGUUUUAACUCUAGUAUACAAAAAUACAUUAAAACUGCAGAUAUUUCUAUUGAGUCUCUGAUGGUUGGAUAUGACGGCUUCUACAAGCGCUUCCAUUUCAUCUUUUCCGUCGAAAAUUUUAGACGAUUCGUUGGAGAAGUCCUAGUUGCGGAGACUAUCGGCUCUUUCGCCCUUCGAAACGAGGAUGAGAAAGCUGACGGAUUUGUCACGAGACUAUUCGAGAUUUUCAAACAUAUCUAUAGGAAUACCGACAAUUUUGGGGACAAUUUGAGACGAAAAGCACUAACCAAGGUUAAGGCGCAGGAUUGCCUCAACGUCUUAUUCGGGGCUAAUGACGACCAACCUACCCCACUCGCUCAAAUUUCCGAUAGAAAGUAUCUUAGGGAUUGGAUGGAGGAGUGGUUCAAAGCUAGCGCUUGGGGGAAGCACUUCAAAGGCCACAAAUAUCAACAUUUAAAAUGCAGCAUUUGCGCCAAGGACAUGCCCACUGCCAACUGCUGGUAUCACGGAAACCUUGCCGAGGAUUUCCCAGGAAGGUGGAUAGUAGCUCAUUUUUUUUGA